AAACUACACACAAACACCGCCAGACAGCAGGAGGUUGAGGGCUUACUCGGAGACACCAGCAUGGAUCCUCCGGAUUAUGGACCUGCAGCAACGAGGAGAGGAAGCUAUGAUGAUGCUGCAGCUUCUCUACGCCCGCACCUCAGACACUUGGCUCAUAGACGACGCUCUGCCCCGUCGCUGGUCUUUGGGAAGGCGCUGGGGAUGCCAUGGUCGCCUAUCAGGGAGGAGGCCUCCUGCUGGGUCUCUGUGGAGCAGAGCCCGUUCGUCCUCGGCCUCACCAGCGAGAACGGAGAGCUGCUGCUGGACGAGUGUGUUCAGGUCACCGAGGGCUCGAAGACCAAGGAGCGACACCUGUUCCUCUUCAGUGAUGUCAUCGUCUUUGCUAAACUCAAGUCGAACGCCAGCUACCGUCUGAAGCACCGCGUGAGCCUCCAGGACAUCUGGCUUUACGGUUUUGAGGAUGAAAUGCAGGACGAGGAGGGAACAAUGGGGGAUAUUGACCUCAGGGUGACCCUUGUCUUGGCCUGGGAUCUCACCUUUUGUUUGGUGUGUUUUAGGUCGCCUGAGGUAAAAGAACGCUGGUUAGAUACACUUCACAGGAAAAUUAAAGACGCAAACGUGAGGGUUGGUUGUGCCUCUUCACCGCCAGACGUCCUCAUGAAGGUGUUGAGUGGCAGCAUCACAACUAAAACUCUAACAGGAGGUGGCAUGGAACAAUUCAUUGAGCUUCCACUCGAUGGCGAUGCAAAGACUUCUGCUCUGCCAAAACAGUUGAAUAACCAGGAGGAGAAGCCGCAGCAGCCCAUUGAAAACAAGUGGGGCCUGGUGAGGAGGCUCAGGAAAGGCUCUAGUUUCGUCAGCAAGGCGCGCCGGUCUGAUGCAGACACCAAGCCGCAGCUGUUUGGACGGCUCCUCUGCAAGAUAUGCCCAGACGAGCGCUCACUUCCUAAACCAGUCGCAGAGAUGCUGGUGUUGCUGAGGAAGAACGGGCCGUCGACAGAGGGAGUGUUUCGGAAGCCGUGCAACAGAAAGAACAUGAACGACAUCAAGGAGCAGCUGAACAGCGGCGUGGAGGUGGACAUGGAGGGCCAACCAGUCGUGCUGCUCGUCGGGCUGCUCAAAAGCUUUCUGAAGGAUCUUCCUGGCAGCCUGCUGGCAUCUGAACUUUAUGACACCUGGAUGACAGCUCUGGACAAUGAAGACCCCCAGCAGAGAGCUCUGGAAAUCACAAAGGUGGUAGACCAGCUCCCGGUGGCGAACAAACUCCUCCUGCAGCAUCUCGUGUGCGUCCUCCAUCACAUCGUCGAGAGCGCUGACACCAACAAGAUGGACGCCUACAACCUGGCGGUGUGCAUCGCCCCCACGCUGCUGCAGCUGGACGGCACCCCACUGGAUGAGCAAAAGGAGAAGCUUGAAAAGGUCACAGAGCUAACUCAGUUCCUGAUCGAGAACUGUGAGAUACUUGGAGAGAACAUCCCAAAUCUGCUGGAUACUGAUGAAGACUCACUGUCCUCUCAGCAUCACGACUCUGCGUACGACAGCACCGACCCAGAUGGAGAUGGAGAGGCCGGAGAGAGUGCCAGCUCCACACACGGAGAGAUUGGGUCAUCUUCCUCCCUCAGCCCCAGCCUCACUGCCUCCAUUUGGCCAGCUGAUGCUGACUUUGACCCGAAGCCAGCUUUUAACCGCCGCUGCUCUGAGCCCAUCAUCCUCAUCUCACCUGACCUCCAGAGCCUGUGCAGCCAUGCCAGGAGCCAUGACGACUGCUCGGUGGAGAGGCGGGACUUUGAGGAGCAGCCUCUGAAAAAGCAGAUCUCAGAUGACUCCUUCCUGCUCAGACGACGAGGUGGAGUGAGGCCGGUGUUGUCUUUUCCGAAACUGUGCAGCAGCUCCAACAUGGAUUCAUACAUGGCGGGGAGUCGUGCUAAGGACUGCUCGAGCUCUUCUCUAGAGAGCGCUGCCUCUAAUCAGUCAGAGGGGUCCGUCUUCACCAGCUCCCCUGUGGCGUCGCCAUCCUGCCCCAGGAGAGCAAACAGCGCCAACCAGUCUUCGAUGGCUGCAAAAGCUCAGCAGGAAAUUCCCAGACCCAUUACAGAUGAGAAGAGGCGUUCACAGUCCAUGAGAAUCACCAGUAAAGUCCUCAUGAGGACCAAGAGCUUAGGGGCCUUCAGCAGGAGCAGCCUGAAGAAAGACAUUCAGAAAGAAAACUCCUUCCCCUGCGAAACUCUCCAGGAAGACUCUCAAAGUGAAGCAGAUCUGCCAGCUGAGCUCCUGCACAAACCGCGCCCUCUGUCUGCCAUCGAAUCGUUUAGGCUUGCGGACAGCAAGCUGCCCUGCAGGCCUCCAGCCUACCAGCAUGCAGUGCAGACCGCCGGUCUUCCUCCACAGUAUGGAUCAAUGACUGUACAUGAUGCUGUGGAGUUCGAGAGAAGGUCCCGUCCAUCUUCUGUAAAUUAUGACUUCCCGCCUUCCUGUUCUGGCGACCAGUACAUAAACUGUCUUGCUCAAGCAGCACAGAACAAUGGUGACAUUGUCGAGCGGCGGCAGCCUUUCCGCCAGAGAGCUAUGUCCGAAUCUGUGUCCGCUGCUCAUCGUGAGGUUGUGUCACGGAGAUGUAGCCAGCCUGUGUUUGAGGAAUUGUCUUAUGCCAAGGAGUCUUAUGUUUGACUGACUUUUCAGAUCAGAUUAUCUUGUUCAAUGUCAGUGGGCAGAGCUGGAGAAGCAGUUGUCAAACUGCAGAGUUAGCGGCUGGCAAGCUUCUUCUUUUUUAUUCAUUCAGUGCCUGGAUGAUCUGGAUAGGUUUACCUUAUUCUUUCUGGCUGAGAGAACUUAAUGUGGACAGAUUGUAUGUUUCUGAUAAUAGCAAGGGAGCUUGGCCUAAUAAUAACAGCCACUUCUUCUCCUCUUCUCCUUCCCUUGUCAAUGUUCUUUUGUGGGUUAGACAGAAAAACUGUGCCCACUGAGUUGGAGAAAUGCUCAUGUUUGUACAGAGAGUCUAAUCUGUUCAUUUUUCACUGGUUCACUUUGAUUGAAUGUCAGCUAUGUGCCGCCUCAAUGGCUGCACUUUCUCAGUAGUACUAUUUAGAGUACAUGAUAUAAAAUAUGUAGUUUGUGAUAGUUAUCUAGUCCACCACAAUGAAGCUAUGAACACACAGCUAGCUGUGGAUAAAAUAUGCUAUGAGUUUUGAUUGUCUGUGUUUUGUUUGUUGAUAUAUGUACAGUCUAGAAAGUUGAGCACAAAGUUUUUUGGCUUUUUGUAAAUCCUUUGUCCACUUCUUCCACUACACUAAAGCACUUUUCUUUCAUUGAUCUAUGCUUUGUUUAUUUGUGUGCUGAAAUGUAAAUAGAGUGAGAAUGCAAUAGUUAGAUUCCACCUGGAAUUCCACUGUAAGUGUAAGAGAAGUCACACAAUAAAAGAAAAAUAACAAAGUGAAAAA